GCCAGCCAGCUGCAAGGGGAUUAUCUGGGAACAGAGCUCUGCACACACUGCACUGGCUGGGCUGCCUCGAGACCUUUCUCUUGUGUUGUAAAGCCAGCAAGAAAGCAAGGAUUGAACUACUCUGAGCUCUCGUGUCUCCAGUGGAGGAUACCAAAUUCACCCAACUGUAGAAGCUCAUCCUCAGAACAAAACAACAAAAGACCUUGGCUGUGGUGUCAGCCCUAGAGUGCGUGGUGUCUGGUCUCCACCUCAUCCAAUCUCACCAGGGAAGUGUUUGCAGGUGAAAAUGAACAGUGGAAUUCUCUUGUCCCUCCUUGGCUUCCUCCCACUCGUGACACCCACAUGCCCUGUGCCAUGCAGGUGCACCACCAGCAUUACUGACUGCUCACUGAAAAACCUGACUGUAGAAAACCUGCCCACUGCCUUCCGUCCCUCAGCUGAAAUCAUCCACCUCGCUUCCAACAGGCUCACCUCUAUCCCCAACGGGCUCUUUGACAACCUGAGGAGACUCCAGGCAGUCUACCUGCAGGGCAACCCUUGGGAAUGCACCUGUGACAUCCUCUACCUGCGCUCCUGGCUGCAGUGGCAGCAGAACCGCAGCCUGUACAGGGAUGUGAGGUGCAGCUCCCCGGAGCACCUGCAGGGCCGCAUCAUCGCCUACCUGACAGAGGAUGAGAUCGUCUCCACGUGCCAGCACUGGUACUGCAGCCUGGCUCUGCUCUCUCAGCUCUCCCUCUUCAUCCUCCUUAUCCUCCAGGCUAUCUUGGUUAUCCUCAUCAUUGUCUACCUGCGGAAAUUUCGGAGAAUGACCGCUGAAGUCCGGAGCACCACCCAAGAACUAGGCCAGCAGGGAGACCCUUGGGUAUCUUCUUCAAUAAACCCCUCCAACAAUGAUUAACAUCACGAGACAGAAGACCCUCCUCCCUAUGGGGGACACUGUGCCAAAGUCCUGUAGCUUGUGAUACCCGGAGGGGACAAUUUAGUACAGCAGCUAAUCCUGACUGCAGUCUGAAGCAGGACUUGAACUGAUCAGACUUUUGCUGUGUUCCUAAAGAAUAAAUCUUGUGUUUUUUCAAUGCUUUAAAUUCUUUAGCAUGAUCUUGGCUGCUUGUCUGAGCUGGAAGUGGUUUGGUAGACUAAGGAAAUCAUAAACUACAGUGGCCAGAACUGACUCAAACAGCUCAUAAGGGCUCCAGUGCUCGAUCCCUCCCCUCCUACAGCAUUCCAGCCAUAUUUCCCAGGAUGCUUCUGGUUGUGCUGGGUCAGGUGAGGACAGAGGUGAGCAGUAAACUGUUUGAGUACUGAGCUAGGACAAUGGAGAAAUAGUUUCCUUCUGCUACCACAGACAGCAUUAAGAGCUUUGGACUAGGGAUUUAGUCUUCCCCUGCCUUGGUUUCCCAAGUAAAAGGGAAAGGAAAUAUCUUCUUGCUUGAUGCAUCUUUUCCAAUGUUCUUCUAGGAGAGGGAGGACAUGUCUAGAAGCCCACUCACUUUACCUUAUCUGCAUUCCUUUUAGUCUACUUUAGUUUUAAUACUGACUUAAUUGAGUGAAACUGGGGCCCUGAAUCUUUAUGAGAAAUUCAUCCUGAAGACAAGAAUUGUUUGACUGUGCCUGUAUGGUGCCUGGCACAAGAGAUCUGGUCUUGAGAGGCUCAGACUACAAACCCCGCUGAUGUACCUACUGCUGUUUAUGGUGUCCCUUAAUUAUUUUUGAAAUAAAGCAAAAUUUAAAUAAAAUUAUGUACGAUGAUGUAAA